AAUUUUUCUGGCUCUAUAAAAAAUUGAAAUGUAACAAACAAAAUACUCAUUAAGCCAAUUCUUAUACAAAAAGAUAUUAACCGCUGCUACAAAACGUGUAUAUUUCAAUUGAAAUGGUGAAAGAAGGAUCUAAGGAUGCAGAGUACUUUUCUGCUGAGUCUAUGUCAAAUUCGUUGACCCCUAAAGAUCUUCAUUACACUACGGAUGGGCUUGCAUCUAAUUCAAAUAUUCAUGAACAUCCGCUCAGACGCACAAGAAAUAUUUGCACAAAAAAAUUGGCACAUGAUGACACUUUGCCUCACACGGGUGCUAAAAAAGGUAAAAGAAGACGCAACAGUGAUACGUCCAGUGAAGAGGAUCGAUGGCUUACAGCCAUAGAAACCGGGAAACUAGACGUUGUUGAUGAGGAACUAAAAAAGAUAAAAGACCCCAAACUUAUGACAGCUCGUCAACGCGCUAUUUAUGAACGGACGCAGGACUCUGAGAUAAAUGGAUUUAUAGAAGAGCUAAUUGCUCUUCCAAGUGGUUAUAAAGAAAAGGAAAAGCCGCAGACUGCGGAGGAAAUUCAUAAAGCUCUGCUGAAAUCUCAAAAACGAAAGCAACAAGCUGACGAACGGCGAGAAAAAGAUAAAUUAAAGACAAUGGAGCGGUUGUUAAAAAAACAGGCAACCAACAGGGAUCGAAUUUCAAUUCGCAAUAAGUCUUUACAACAGCCCUCUUAUCCAAAAAUAACCUAUAUAAGUGCUGUAACUGGCAACUAUGUAUUAGUUCCCACAGGUUACGAAUUUCCUUUAAAAGCUCAAAUCUCUCGUACACCCCCUCUUUCACAGGUGUGCUUUGUAAGCGGUUGUGAGAAUCGCAAGAAAUAUAAUUGUUCAACCACAAAUGUUCCAUUAUGCAGUCUCACAUGCUAUCGUAAGAACCUUUUAAAAAAUAUAAACCAAAUAAGAAAAACCUCUACGAUUACGUAGAUUUAAUUUUAAUAUUGAUUGACAAAAAAAUUGUUUAUUAUUUCAUGUUGCUCAGUUUCAAUUCGCUGUAAAAACUGUAAUUCGCCUUUUAAGCGUUCAAGUUCUACUGUUUGCUCAAAUAUCUCAUAUUGAUAGACUUGCUGCUGAUUCUGGCGCUGAAUAAAUGCCGUUUUUAAUUGA